AUGGAUGGCUUUCCACACGGCAAAGCCAACGUCGAAGCAGGGCAAGCAAAGCACAACGAAGAAUUGCGAGAAGAGGAGGUCGAAGACGAUCAACGUUACAACUAUUUUGGUCCACUCAACGACGUCGUAGGGACGAAUCCUCAAGAACUGCGAGCAGAGGAAGAGCACGAUCGAGACGUCUACGGAGGUAUUGAUUUUGGUUUUCUCAAAGACGUCGUCGGAGAGGCGAAUCCUCAAGAAAUACGAGCAGAGGAGGAGGGAGCUCAAGAUUAUCAUCAUCCAACCGCCUCGAUCUUUGGUGGCCUCGAGUUCCACGGAGAAGAAACAGAUUUUGGUUUACUCAACGCUGAUCCUAAUUCAACCGGUCGAUUCAACUUCAACGUAGACGAUUUGGAUGUUUUCGACGACGACUACGGAAAGAAGAAUUCUCGAGACGAGACGAACAUGAGUGAGACGGAAAAGAGAAGGAUGAGUAGCGAAGAAGAAGCAAGCGACUCAAGAAGAAAGAGGCACUGUACAAACAUGGUUAAUCAGACGACGAACCAGCAGCAGCAUUUCUGGGGUAGUCAGAUCACAGAGCUGAACCCUGUGGAACAAGGAUCAACAUUGUUUGCUGGUGAUCAUCACAACCAUUUCAACCAACCUCAUGCUACUGGUGUGCAGCAGCAGCUGACAGAUUCAGUGCCGCAACAUUUCUGGGGUAGUCAGAUUUCAGAGCUGAACCCUGUGGAACAAGGAUCAACAUUGCCUGCAGGUGAUCAUCACAACCAUUUCAACCAACCUCAUGCUACUGGUGUGCAGCAGCAGCUGACAGAUUCAGUGCCGCAACAUUUCUGGGGUAGUCAGAUUUCAGAGCUGAACCCUGUGGAACAAGGAUCAACAUUGUUUGCUGGUGAUCAUCAGAACCAUUUCAACCAACCUCAUGCUACUGGUGUGCAGCAGCAGCUGACAGAUUCAGUGCCGCAACAUUUCUGGGGUAGUCAGAUUUCAGAGCUGAACCCUGUGGAACAAGGAUCAACAUUGUUUGCUGGUGAUCAUCAGAACCAUUUCAACCAACCUCAUGCUACUGGUGUGCAGCAGCAGCUGACAGAUUCAGUGCCGCAACAUUUCUGGGGUAGUCAGAUUUCAGAGCUGAACCCUGUGGAACAAGGAUCAACAUUGCCUGCAGGUGAUCAUCACAACCAUUUCAACCAACCUCAUGCUACUGGUGUGCAGCAGCAGCUGACAGAUUCAGUGCCGCAACAUUUCUGGGGUAGUCAGAUUUCAGAGCUGAACCCUGUGGAACAAGGAUCAACAUUGUUUGCUGGUGAUCAUCAGAACCAUUUCAACCAACCUCAUGCUACUGGUGUGCAGCAGCAGCUGACAGAUUCAGUGCCGCAACAUUUCUGGGGUAGUCAGAUUUCAGAGCUGAACCCUGUGGAACAAGGAUCAACAUUGUUUGCUGGUGAUCAUCAGAACCAUUUCAACCAACCUCAUGCUACUGGUGUGCAGCAGCAGCUGACAGAUUCAGUGCCGCAACAUUUCUGGGGUAGUCAGAUUUCAGAGCUGAACCCUGUGGAACAAGGAUCAACAUUGUUUGCUGGUGAUCAUCAGAACCAUUUCAACCAACCUCAUGCUACUGGUGUGCAGCAGCAGCUGACAGAUUCAGUGCCGCAACAUUUCUGGGGUAGUCAGAUUUCAGAGCUGAACCCUGUGGAACAAGGAUCAACAUUGCCUGCAGGUGAUCAUCACAACCAUUUCAACCAACCACCUCCUGGUCCUGGUAUGCAGCAACAGCAGCAACUGGAAGUUAAUCUCAAUGCAACAGAUCUAGUGCAGCCGCAACAUUUCAGGGUUAGUCAGAUUACAGAGCUAAACCGUGGGGAACAAGGAUCAACAUUGUCUGCAGUUGGUGGUGGUUACAACCAUUUCAACCAACCUCCUCCUGGUAUUGGUAUGCAGCAGCAGCAGCAGCAGGAAGUUUAUCACAAUGCAGCAGAUUCAGUGCAGCCGCAACAUUCCAUGACAUCUCAAGCUAGUAUGCAGAACCAAAUUCCGAAUUACCCGGAGCAGCGUUUGAGUGGUCAGAUUCCGGAUUGGAACCAGUACCAGAAUCAUAUGAAGCGAAAUGAUCGUCUAGGGAAGCUACUAGGUUCCGUAUCAAGUGAUAAGUUGGUUGAGCUGGUCCGGACGGGCGCUAUUCCCGAUCUAGCCCAACUUCGAGCUCAAUCGGCGUACAGGGAUCUGCAUUUUCGUGGUCAACAACCACCACUUGGCCCGCCCUUGAAUGUGCAUCAUCAACCAACUAUGUCUGAUCAGGUCAAUCAGCAAAUGCAGCUAUGGCAGCGCCAUUACCGUGCUUCACAAUCUAUUCCCCGGCCACAGAGGUUUAACGCUGGAGAUUCAUCAAACCAAGGACGACCAUGGAGGCAGCAACACGGUGCUUCACAAUUCAUUCCCAGGCCUCAGGGGUUUAACGCUGGAGAGUCAUCAAACCAAGGAGGGCAGAGGCAGGAUAGGCUUAACGAUUAUUGGAUUUGGCACCAAGGUCAAGAAAGAGGAGGACGUGGGAGAGGAAGAGACCAACACUUUGGUAGAGGACGUGGUUUUUGA